CGGCAUUUGGUCCGCCUCCGACAGAUGUCGACCAGCAAUCACCUCGGCGGGGAGAUCCCGUGCUUGCCCCUUCGCACGGCUUGAUCGGUGGCGCCAAGCUGAAUGCUUCAGACACGCAAGAAGAUGACGACUUCGGGGACUUCGAAGAUGCUUCCAAUGACUCGCAGCUGCCGGAGGCGGCUCCGUCUCGUGCUCAGCAUCUCGCAACACCGCCGACGCCUACCGCUCUGACACGCCCAAUAACUGCGCCAGCGCCCAGGGGUUUCGGCGGCAGGGUGACCGCGCCCGAGCAUGCCAAAGACACGGGGCAGCAUCCUUUCGCGGGACGGAUGGAUCUACUAUUCGCCGCGGACGAUGAUGACUACGAUGCCGGGGGCGACGAGAUGGCUGACCUCGCACAAAAUCCCGAGGCGGCGAUGGCGUUCUCAAAACGAGUCAUCGCUGAACCAUAUCGCAGAUGGAGACGAAGAAUGGGACGACUUCGAAGACUCAACCUCGCCCAAGAAUGCCGCUCCCGCACCUCACCUCCCCUCCAUCUCCACCCACACCACUCCAGCCCACCCAUCCAAGCCGCUGGGCCCUCCAAACUCACAGACCUCCUCCCCUCCAACCAACAUCCCACCCCCCUCCCUCCUCCUCUCCAUCUUCCCCUCCCUCCUCGCCUCCGCCCAAGAAACUCUCUUCGACCCCCUAACCCGUCUGCACGUGACACAACGCCACACCCUCCUCACUCACCCCGCCACCCUCAAAUUCCUCCGCGCUUACCUCCACCAAGCCAUAGUGCUCGGCCACAUCAUCGCAGGGCGUAAGCUGCGCUGGAAGCGCGACCAGCAUCUUUCGCAAUCCAUGCGCAUGGGUCCUAGUGGGGGUGGAGGCGGGAUGAAGCUCGCGGGCGUGGAUAGGAGUGAGGUGGCGAAGGAGGAGCGGGAGGUGCUUGAUGUGGUGCGGUUGUGGAGGGACCAGGUGGGGAAAUUGCGGACGGCGGUUGCGGGUGUGGGUGCUGUGACGACUUUGUCUGAUGAAGGGAAGUUAAGGGCUGUGCCGGAGGUGGCGGAGCAGAUGCCUAUCCGGACGCUUAAGGCGAGUGAGGGCGGACUGACGGCGCCGCAUGCCUGUGCGCUUUGUGGGUUGAGGAGGGAAGAGAGGGUCAGCAAAGUCGACGUUGACGUGGAGGAUAGUUUUGGAGAGUGGUGGCUUGAUGGGCCGCAAAUGCAUUUAGUGUGCAGGGACUUCUGGGAAGAGUAUAAAGGUAGGUUGAAGUCUAGGUAGCCAUCUUUAACCUUCAGGCGCACUACGGCCACGGCAGG